AAGUGAAAAUAGUGGUGACGGUGCGAUUUUAUAUUCGAUCCCCGAUCUCGAAUACAGACACUUUUGGCUUUGCGCUCUGUUUCAUAGUUCCUUAAAGCUUUCCCAACCCCUGCAUCAUCAUGCGAAUGGUUGUCGCGUUCGCCCUGCUCACCCUAGCCGCGUGCUCGUCGGCCCAGGUCAUCGGUUUCGGCGGCUGCCCCGACAUCCGAGCCGUCGAGGAAUUCGACUUCAACCGUUAUCAGGGACGGUGGUUCCAAAUCGCUCGCUUCUACAACGCCCCCGAGGAAGAGGUACGAUGUCAGUCAGCCAAUUUCACCCAGAAGGACGGGUACCUGGUCGCACUGGAGCAAGGAGUGUACGGCGAGGAGCCCUACUCCUACCCAGUUCCAAUAUACAGGGCAAGGGAUGACGAGUCAGGCAGACUCUACUAUGCCAGCGAGACCGAUCCUGGUGAAUUCUCCGUGAUCUACGUCGACUAUGAACGCGUCGGCCUGAUCCACAUCUGCAAAGAAUACCUCUGGGGCUUCAUCAACGUCCAGAACAACUGGAUCACCGCCCGCCAACGCAGGAUCUCGGAAGAAGAAAUGGCCCGCGUCCACCGGCUCGUGACCGAAAUGGGCAUCAACUUGAGCAAAUUCAAGAGGACCGACCAGGAGGGUUGCCCGCGCGUCGAAGGCGAGGAGGAGGAGGUCGAUGACGGGAUGGGUGAAGGCAGCGACAGCGUUGAUGAGCCAGUCAGACAGUAGGAUGAGUAGGAUAUCGACCUUCCACUUCUCGAUUUCUAUGAUAACGACUUUCGGGGACGCUAUUAUCAAAACCUCAACGGACCCUAACGGACCUCUCUCUCAAACGGACCGAACUAUAAUGCUUCCAGUCACUAAUGAAUCAUUUUCUAUAGCGAUAUCCGUCAUUCUACAAUAAAAAAUUCUAAUCAAAUAUACUUUUAUACCCUUAUAUAUUUCAUCUAUCCAAAAUAUGUAGCUCACAUGUCAGAGUUUGCUUUCAUUGUUUGAAUUUUGUUUGAAAAUUAUAAUGAUUAUGUAUUUAUGCACUUUCGACUGUCACCAUAAAGAUAGAUUUGUCAUGGAUCUGUCAGAAUAAUGAUAAUGAAAAAAGCAUUGUACAACUCUAAUAUCAACAAACUGAUCAUUAUUUUUAGUAAGUAAUAAUUUCGUUCCAAACUUGAAUAAAGUAUAUAUUGAUUUAAC